AUGCCUCAAGAGGCAGAUACUUCUUUCUCAUCGCGAACCGAAGUUGCAAGCAUCUCGCGCUCUUGGUUGUUAAAUGUCGAGCAAGAGACCAAGGAGACAGUUUCGCACACGUGUGAUGCCGUCCUCUCGCUAGCCUGGCUAUGGCCCGUCCGCGGCAUCAUCUUCUGCGUAACUAACCCGCACAUCAUCCUCUCCGUUCGCUCCGCGCUCCUCAAGUCGCUCAUCUCAUCCUUGUUCAUCUUCGCCGUCCUCGCCUUCUUCGCCUUCCUUCCUCAAAUGGCCUUCCUCGCGAUCUUCACUGGUCCCCUCGCGCCCCUCUUCGCGCUUUUCCUCGUCGGCGCCGAGUCGCUCGCGCUCAUCACGCUCUUCAGCCGCGCGCUCUUCCUCGAGCCCGCCCUGACGCACGUCUUCGACACCACGCUCGCCGCGCGCGGCCAGCGCGAGCUCGUGCGCGCCGGAACGGCCCGCGUGACGAAGCGCGCGUCCGCGCAGACGCGGAUCGGGGCGGCGCUCGUGCGGCCGCUGCAGGCGUUCUCGCCAGGCGGCCUGGUGCGCUACGUGCUCACGCUGCCGCUGAACGCGGUGCCCGUCGUCGGCACCGCGUUCUUCCUGCUCUACAACGGGCACAAGGCCGGGCCGGGGUGGCACGCGCGGUACUUUGCGCUGAAGGGGCUGUCGGAGGGGCAGCGCGCGGCGUUCGUCGAGCGCAGGCGGGCGGAGUACACUGCGUUCGGGAUGAUGACGCUGGUGUUCAACUUCGUGCCGCUCGUCGGGCUGCUGUUCAGCUUCACGAACGCCAUGGGUGCCGCGUUGUGGGCGGCGGAGCUGGAGGCUCAGGAGAACAUCCUCGAGGGCGAUGUAGCAGCUGGGAAGGGCAAGAAGAAAAAGGAAUGA